AUGGCGUUAGCCGACACCAGCGACGACCUGAACUGCUCCAUCUGCCUGAACAUUUACACCGACCCGGUGAACCUUCGGUGCGGCCACAGCUACUGCCGGGAGUGCAUAGAGAAGGCUUUGGAUGAACAGCUGGGCUCCGGAGUCUACAAGUGUCCCCGGUGCAGGAAGGAGUUCCCGGACCGCCCGGCUCUGCACCCCAACCUGGACCUCCGGAACAUCGCCGACAGAGUGCGCUCCCAGGCCACCCAGAAGGAGAGCGGCAUCUUCUGCACCUACUGCAUCCACACCCUGGUGCCCGCCGUCAAGUCCUGCCUCCUCUGCGAAGCCUCUCUGUGUGACAAUCACCUGAGCGUCCACAUCAAGUCCCCGGAACACCUUCUCACCGAACCCACCCGGUGCCUGAGGAACAGCAAGUGCCCCGUCCACAACAAGAUCCUGGAGUUCUACUGCAUGGAGGACUCGGCCUGCGUCUGCGUCACGUGCCGGCUGGACGGCGACCACGUAGGGCACAGAGUGGAGACCCUGGCCGAGGCCUCCGAGAAGAAGCUGGACGAGCUGAGGCAGGUCCAGGAGAGGCUGACCUCUCAGAGGGUGCAGACGGAGAAGAGGGUCCACAAACUGCAGGACCACAGCCGACGGGUCCGCGAGGCGGCCGCCGGUUUGAUGGUCCGGGUCACCGUCAUGUUCCGGGAGAUCCGGAGGCAGAUCCAAGAACUGGAGAAGAGAGUCCUGGGCGAGAUCUCCAAGCAGGAGGAGAAGAUCUCGCUCUCCGUCUCUCACGUCAUCGAAAAUCUGGACAUCAAGAAGAACGAGCUGUGCGCCAAGAUCUUCUACAUCGAGGAGAUGUGCAACAUGGGGGACCCCGUGACCGUCCUGCAGGAGAAGGACACCGCCGACUUCUGCGCCUCCCGAGAGGAAGAGAACAAAGAGCGCGAGAUGGACAACGUAGGAGACCUGGAUGAAGACCUCAUCUCACUCACCAUCAGGAAAGGCUUAUCCAACGCCUUGUCCGCUACGGGAAUACCGCGCCUCGGAGCGUCCGAUACUCUGGCAGGACCGGGGACCAGCAUGAACCUCAAGGAGAUUGGUCGGAUGACCCCGGCCAACUCCCACGCCGCUUCAGACCUCCUACUGGACGAGAACACGGCCGGCAACCAAAUCAGCAUUUCCGAGGAUCUGAAGACCAUCUACUGGACGAUGAGGCCGCUGAACCGGCCGAUGACGCCGCACAGGUUUCAGUACAACCAAGUUCUGAGCGUCCGGGUGUUUUUGGUGGGCCGCCAUUACUGGGACGUGGAGAGCAGUAGGACCGGAGAUUGGAGGAUAGGCGUGGCCUACACCAGCAUGCUCAGGAGAGGCGAUGCCUCCUUCCUCGGGUACAAUCGGGAAUCUUGGUGCCUUCGCCGGUGUAAUAAUACCUACUCAGUGUGGCAUGACAACAGAAGCCUCACCUUGCCCCCCCAACCCUCCAACAACACGCUGCGGGUGCAUCUGGAGUACGAAGACGGGCAGCUGGCCUUCUAUGAGCUGGGCGAUCGGAUCCGACACCUGUACACCUUCACCGCCAAAUUCAACGAGCCGCUCCAUGCCGCCUUUCACGUGUCCGAGGAUUUGGAUAGGAAGGGUUGCCGCCUGAGGAUUAUAACGUAG